CCUCCCCAUACUCUCUCUUCACGCACAUUCAUCCCCUGGAUAGAACUGAUACUUGCUCGUCCUGUUUCGACAUUCCAGAAAUCGCUUGAGCCUUGUGAUUUAUUCGAGUACACGUCUGGACGAUGGAUCUAUAAUGAGAAUCUGAGGCAUCGCGAGAGAAGACGAGUUUUCAACAUCUCUGAACUUAAGCGCCUUGCUGCCCUAGCUGUUCAGCAGAAAGCAGCGGAUGUGAUCGAAUUCAAGAAACUCGCCGAAGGAGGCUUCAAUCGAAGUUUCCUGAUCACCAUGAGAGAUGGCUCGCAACUUGUUGCGCGGAUUCCGUAUCCAGCUACCGAGCCCAAAUUCCUAUUGGUCGCGAGUGAAGUCGCAACUUUGGAUUUUCUUCGUCUUCAUGGGAUCCCAGUACCGAAGGUUUUUGACUACUCUGCCGUUGCGGAUAAUAGUGCGGGUACAGAGUACAUCUUCAUGGAGUAUGUGCAAGGAAAAAACUUAGCGGAUGUGUGGUAUACCUUGUCUGAACGGGAAAGAAGAGAAUUAGUCGCAAAUAUCGUGCAGCUAGAGUCUCGUUUAUUCAGCUUGCGGUUUCCUGCAAGUGGGAGUCUCUAUUACUGCAAUUAUCUGCCAGAUAAGUACUCCCGUGUCACUGUUCCAAGCCCAGGAUCCUCCCAUCGCUUCUGUGUCGGUCCUGAUACUUCGCUGCGGUCGUGGUAUGGCAAAAGACUUAACUUGUCGGUUGAGCGUGGACCUUACCGAGAUCUUUUAGCAGUUCUUACUGCCGGUGCCAAAAAAGAGAUUGCCUACCUGGAGCAAUUCGGGCGCCCUCUCCAGCCAUUCCAGCGUCUUCGCCGAGAGGUAUACAACUACCAGCCUCAGUCGCACCAGGAACAUGCUGCAGCUCUAGAGAAAUAUCUUCAGAUUGCACCUUACCUUAUACCACAGGAUUGUCGGGCCCUUCAUCGCCCAGCCAUACGGCAUCCCGAUCUUCAACCUAACAACAUAUUCAUCACUGAUGAUCUGAAAGUCAAGGGAUUAAUUGAUUGGCAGCACAGUACGGUUCUGCCAUUAUUUUUGCAGUGCGGUAUUCCAGAGAGUCUACAGAAUUAUGGCGACGAGAUCUCGGAGUCGCUGCAAUUACCAACUUUGCCGACCGAUUUCGAUGAACUCGAAGAAAUAGAGCAAUUCCAGCAAGCGGAACUCCUGCGCAGGCGUCAGAUACACUACUUUUAUGUCAAACUGACAGCAGAAAGGAAUCCCGAGCAUUACGAGGCCCUGACCCUCCAAUUCAGUACCUUAAGACAGCGGCUUUUCCAUCAUGCAAGUGAUCCUUGGGAGGGCGACAAUACGACGUUGACAGCCGACUUGAUUACAUUGUCUAAGAAGUGGGCAGGCUUUGCUCAAGAUGCGAGAAAGCCUUGUCCAAUUUCUUUUUCAGACGACGAGGCGAUGGAAUAUCUACGGCUAGAACGCGCACAGUCAGAAGCAGACGAGCAAUUCCAGGCUUGUCGGGAAGCGAUUGGGGUUGGCCAUGAGGGCUGGGUUUCCCUAGAAAACUACGAUGAGGCAAAAAAAAGCGAAAGAAAGCUGAAAGCAGACGCUCUCGAUGCUGCCGAAACAGAAGAGGAAAAAGCAAGAAUCCAAGAAAACUGGAUUUUCGAUGACUUUUGCGAGGAAGAAUACUUGUGA